UCCGGCGGGCUCCGGGCGUCGAGAUGGAGGGAGGCGAGUACGAGUCGGUUCUCUGUGUCAAGCCAGAGGUCCACGUCUACCGCAUCCCGCCGCGGGCCACCAACCGUGGUUACAGGGCUGCGGAAUGGCAGCUGGACCAGCCAUCAUGGAGUGGCCGGCUGCGGAUCACUGCAAAAGGGCAGGUGGCCUACAUCAAGCUGGAGGACAGGACCUCAGGGGAGCUCUUUGCUCAGGCCCCAGUGGAUCAGUUUCCAGGCACAGCUGUGGAGAGCGUGAUGGAUUCCAGCAGGUACUUCGUUAUCCGCAUCGAAGAUGGCAACGGGCGACGGGCGUUUAUUGGAAUUGGCUUCGGGGACCGAGGUGAUGCCUUUGACUUCAAUGUUGCCUUGCAGGACCAUUUCAAGUGGGUGAAACAGCAGUGUGAAUUUGCAAAACAAGCCGAGAACCCAGAUCAAGGUCCCAAAUUGGACCUAAGCUUCAAGGAGGGCCAGACCAUCAAGCUCAACAUUGCAAACAUGAAGAAGAAGGAAGGAGCAGCUGGGACUCCCCGAGCCCGGCCCGCCAGCACAGGAGGACUGAGCCUGCUUCCCCCUCCCCCAGGGGGGAAAACCUCCACCCUGAUCCCUCCCCCUGGGGAGCAGUUGUCUGUGGCGGCAUCCAUCGUCCAGCCAGCAGUUGCUCCCAGUUCAGGAGGUGCCACUGUGUCCUGGCCACAGCCCAAGCCUGCCGCUACUGCCACCGCCGACAUCUGGGGAGACUUCACCAAAUCCACAGGGUCGACCUCCAGCCAGCCUCAGCCAGGCACGGGCUGGGUCCAGUUCUGACCUGAGCACAACUCUUUUUCAUCAUACAACUUCUGGAAAGGAGCUGCCUCAUCUGGGUGGAAGGAAGGAGGAUGAAGCACUCCCUGGCCAGCCUCUGUUUGGAGCGUGACUCUCUCCUCUCCUCUUCCUUGCCUGAACUCUCCUGACAGACUGGGCGUGUUAGGCAGUAAGUUGGCACCAUGUCACGCUGUUUCCUGGGAUUUGAGUGUGCAGCCAGAACACAGGAGAAGAGUUCCAGGAUCCCUAUCCCUGUCUGUCCUCUUGACACGAGAGAGACUCUGAGACUUCUUCCAUCGCGAAGACUCGUGUUAAACACAAGCCCCUGAAGCAAAAGAAGGGGUCGAGUGUGCUGCCUGGAUUCAGAUCAGCCCUUCUCGGGGCGGGGGGGGGGGUUACAGGUGUCACGUGAUCAGUGUCUGGAGGGGGGCUUUCCUCACUCCCAUUGGCUGUAGCCAUUCCAGUCAGGUGCCUUAAGAGGAGGGAUUCCUUCCUGAUUUCUGGCAGGUUUAUAGGCUGCAGCUUGAACAGAUAAUCAGGAGGGAAAGCAAGAGUAUUAACCAGACUUUUAAGAUUUUUUUGAUACUUGCUUUGCUAACAUGCUGAUCUGCACUAACUCAUUGUCUUUGCAAAAGGCUUGCUUCUGUAGUCUGCGCCCGCAGGAGCCUCUGAAAGCAUUCCUCACUGUCAGUCACAGGAGCUGCUCCGAGCCCCAGGAAGCAGUCAGUGUUCAUCUCGGCUGUGGGGCCUGGUUUCCGUGUUUGCCAGGCCGGGCAGGCGCUGGAAACCAGGUGCGACAGUGUUUGGGCUGGAGCGUGGCAGCUGUUCUCAUGGAGGUGGGGCUUUGGCCUUUCCGUUCGCUGGUAGCCCUCUGAGCUCACAGUGCAGUUCCUGGCGGACUUGGGUUUUCUCCUGGGUGGUCUCUGAAGUGCCUUGUCUGCAGACAACCUCUUUCUUUUCUCCUUCAGGGACUGUACAUGACAGACAAAGAGUUCUGAAGCAACUGGAAGUCUAGGGUUGCCUGGUUUAUGAGAAAUAAUUUUAUAAGAAAUAAUUUUAUCUGAGCACACUUCUAAAAUUGCUUUUAUCGACAUACGUUACCUCUUGAUUGAAAGAUUUCUUUUUUUGAAGGGUAAAGAUGAUGAACUGAAAAAAAGUGUUGGCCCCUUUGUGGGACCAGAUUUCUAAGAUAAAAAAUAAAUAUUUCUACUCUGUCAGUGUACGUCAAAGAUGGAAGUGUUUUUGGCGGCAUGGCUGCUAAACCCUCCAGGAUGCCUCAGCCACCUCUCACCACUGAGCGUUUGUCCAGACUUAAAAGUCUGCGUCCACGGUGACAGAUUGGCCAAAAUAGGGGAAUUUGGCCCGUUGCCCUAAGGCAACCGGGCCAAAAUAGGGGAAUUUGGCCCUGUUGCCCUGAGGCAGCCAGCAAUUUCCCUUCCACAUAGAAGAGACAGUCUUUCUGCCAUUCUGGGACAUUCUGGGCUCCUUGCAUUCUAAUGUGGGAGGAGAGUCCUGCCUCCCACCAAGACCUCCCCAUAGAAGCAUCUUCCUAAAUAGUAAGGGUGUCUGGGCACACAGAGGCCAAAAAAUAAGAGAAAGGCCUUGGUGCUUGUCAUGUCUGUGGGUUCUGUAAGAAAGCUGCAUUAUUGUUGUUAUAGAAAUGGCCGCUCUGGCUAAUAAACUGUGUAAGGGAGGACGAAGAACAUUGGAAUUGAGGAUCCUCAUGUCCUUUGAAUACGGAAAAGGAAAUUGCAUCAAGGGAUUCUCAGGAGUAGUAAACCUCCUUGUGUCUGCUUCCCAUAACUCCCCAUCUUCUUUAUAAGUGCUUAGAGGUUAGGAAAGAGGAAGCUUAGAGUUAGAGGAGACCCUUAACCAGAAGCAUAUACCAUUGAAGGUAAGCCCUUGCGUCCUGCAGACAGACCUGGGCUUUGAUCUAGGUUCUCUACUGGUAAAUGUGUCACCACAGGCUCCUUAAGCCAGGUGUCACUCAGAUGAGCCAUAUGAAGCAUUAGCAGGUGCCUAUAAUUUGACCUUAAUCACCUUGAUGUAGAAUCAGGUACGUAUCCAGAACCAUUACUCAUAACGGUGCUGAUAAGGCAGCUGAUGAAGAAACAGCAGUCAAAAAAUCUAACCUGAAAAGCCCCUUGAGGGGUCUCUGGCAGGCAGGGGAUAGUCUGGUGCUCUCCAUCACCAACUGGAAUCCCAGCUAUGGGACCAGGGUCCCCAGGAAAACUCCCAGUACCAAACCAGGCAUCUCUUCACUUACACCCUUGACUGGAGCUUCCAAAUUGGUGGGGUGGGGGUAAGAGAUGGGUGUUGGGUUUGGGGAUUUUGAGACCUGAGCUGCUGUCUGUACAGCAGGAGGUCUUGGACACAUUGCGGCGGCAGGCGGACUACAGCAAGUUGUUUCCAUGAUUAAAUGACAGCAUUGCAACAUCUGUCUUGCUUUAAAGAAACCAGCUGCCAUGUUGUGUGAGUUGCCCUAAUCCGAGGGUCACAGCGUCAAGGUGGCAAAAGUAGCCUCUGCCGAUAGCCAACAAAUAGCUGAAGCUCUUAGGGCAGCGGUCUGCACGAAACCGGAUGCUACCAAUACCACCUGAGCUGGGAAGCAGAGCCUUACUCAGUUGAUCCUCAGAUGAGCCCCGCUUGCCAACACUGAGUGCAGCCUUACAGAGGACCCAGCCAAGCUGUGCCCAGACUCCUAACCCCCGGAAACUGAGUUAGUAAAUGUGUUUCAAGCUGCCAAGAUGAUGGCAAUAUCAUUAGGCAGCAAUAGAUAACUAAUAGAAGAGGUGAGUGAAGGGCACUGGAGAUGGAGUCAGUGUGAGAAGAGAGUCUGGACAGGGACCUCCCUGGUCGCGCAUGGUUAAGAAUCCGCCUGCCAGUGCAGGGGACACGGGUUCGAGCCCUGGUCCGGGAAGAUCCCACAUGCCGUGUAGCAACUGAGCCAGCGCCACAACUACUGAGCCUAUGUGCCACAACUACUGAAGCCCGUGCGCCUAGAGCCCAUGCUCUGCAACAAGAGAAACCACCAAAAUGAGAAGCCUGCGCAUCGCAAUGAACAGUAGCCCCUGCUCGCCGCAACCAGAGAAAAGCCCGCGUGCAGCAAAGAGGACCCAACGCAGCAAAAAAUUUUAAAAAUUUUGAAAAGGAGAAUCCUCCUGCUAAUGCAGGGGACACGGGAUCGAACCCUGGUCCAGGAAGAUCCAACAUGCGACGGAGCAGCUGAGCCCCUGCACCACAGCUAUUGAGCCCGAGCACCACAGCUACUGAAGCCCGAGCGCCUAGAGCCUGUGCUCCGCAGCAAGAGAAGCCACCGCAAUGAGAAGCCUGCGUACCGCAAUGAAGAGUAGCCCCUGCUUGCCGCAACUAGAGAAAGCCCGGGAACAGCAACGAAGACGCAAUGCAGCCAACAUUUUUUUAAAAAAGUGGACAGAUUUAAUGGCUGUAUGGCCUUGGGAGGUCACUUAACCUGCUCCUUGGGGCCUCACUUUCCCUGUAUGUGGACAGCAACUGUUGCUUAUGUGCUGCUUACUCUGCGCAAGGCACUGUUCUAUGCACUUAACACAAAAUUCAUUUCAGGCGGUCCAGUGGUUAAGACUCCUCGUCCUCACUACAGGUGGCACGGGUUCGAUCCCUGGUCGGAGAACUAAGAUCCUGCAUGCCGUGCGGCCAAAAUAAAUAAAUAAAUAAUUUUUAAAGAUUCA